ACUCGGGGCGGAGCGCACUCGCUGCACAGCAGCUCGGGGCGUGGUCAGGGCGGGACCCGGCCGGCGGGAAAGCGGAAGGACUCUGGACUUUGAGCCUACGGUUCUCACCUAUAAGAUCCCGAAACCCCCUGGCCCGGCACGCCCGAGAUUGUAGAAUGGAGGCCGGGCUGCUAUGGUUCUGCAACUGGAGCACGCUGGGCGUGUGCGCCGCACUCAAGCUGCCGCAGAUCUACGCGCAGUUGGCGGCGCGUAGCGCGCGGGGCAUCAGCCUCCCUAGUUUACUUUUGGAGCUGGCGGGGUUCCUGGUCUUCCUUCGUUAUCAGCAUUACUAUGGGAACCCACUGCUCACCUACCUGGAAUACCCCAUUCUCAUCGUACAAGACAUUGUCCUCCUGCUCUUCAUCUUUCAUUUCAAUGGGAACGUGAAGCAAGCCUUACCCUACAUGGCCGUAUUUGUGUCCUCUUGGUUCAUCCUCAGCCUGCAGAAAUGGAUCAUCGACUUGGCCAUGAACUUAUGUACAGUCAUUAGUGCAGCCAGUAAGUUUGCCCAGCUCCAGUAUUUGUGGAAGGCACAAGAUUCGGGAGCUGUGAGCGCACUGACCUGGGGCCUUUCUGCCUACACCUGUGCAACAAGAAUAAUAACAACUUUAAUGACCACCAAUGACUUGACAAUUCUUAUACGUUUUGCGGUCAUGUUGGCUUUAAAUAUAUGGGUAACAGCAACGGUACUUCACUACCGGAAGUCUGUCACCAAAGCUGAAUGAUGGAUGUAUUCUUCCUACACAAAGUGGACUUCAAACGACUGGAUCAGAUGAUGCACCAUUUCUUUUCAUUGCUACAUUUAAAAUCUUUUACUAGUCAACCAUUUCAGAAACUUCAAAGCAGGUUUGUUAAACUUGAAAAAGCCAUUUAGCUGAAUAUGGAAGUGCAAACCUAUAAUCGCAGCACUUGGGAGUCUGAGGUAGCCUGGGCUACACAGCAAACUCAGAGAAGGAAGACAAGGAGAGACGGAAAGAGACACUUGUUUAAAAUGCCAACUUCCUUCCCCCAGCCCCCUAGGUUGUGGAAGGGCUUAGACUGGGUUGUGUGUGGUUUCUUGUCCUUCCCUUCCCCAUGAGAUAAAGUCUCGAUACACAGUCCAAGCUAUCCUCCAACCUGUGAUCCUCCAUCAGCCUUCUGAGCACUGGGAGUGCUGGACAAGAGUGGACCACACCUGACCGUGACAACUCAAAAUGAUGGAACCUGCCCAAGAGGCCAUCUUCACCCUUAAAGUCAUGAUUAAGUUCCCCGAAGAGCCAGCUACAGCUACACUGUGGCUUUCAGAAUAUUAAGUAGUCUUUCCACAAUGAGUGGGGUCUGCUCAGUCACAAGUGGAACUGUUCACACCUGGGCAGUUUAACUCUUCCAUAAACAUAAUGCAGUAUAACAUCCUCUCAAGCCGAGCAGGGCUAUCAAAGUAUGCAGAGAUGUGACUGGGUUCAUAUACUAAGCAGUCGUCCAACACAGUGUGCCUUACUAAACAGAGCCCCAUCUGUUUAGAUGAGGAAAUCUCAACUGUCUCUCCAUUUAUGCACAAUCCCACCACUUUUUAAAAGGCUAUUCUCACAAUUACCACUGUUGGAACUUUUGUAUAAGUUUUAGUUACUGGAAGGUAUACAUACAGUAAAAAGUAUUGCUAAGUCCUAGCCAAUUCUUAGGUAUUUUAUUCACACUAAAGUAAGAAUAUCCUAAGCAUAUCCUAAACUUUGUUGUCUGCAGUACUUCCUCUGAUGUUUUAUAAAUCCAGCCUUUGAAAGCUCAAUUUCUUCUUCUAAGUGAAUGUCAUUAUUCUGGUAUACUGCAAGAAAGUAAAUUGUUUAGUUUUCUAUAUUUCAUAGACUUUAAUUUGUUGAACUCC